UGUGUCGUCAUAGCAACUGGUGUUGCGGAAGUAGCCAUCGCCGCCUGCAGGGGGAUGCGAACUGCUUGGCCUGCACACGAAAGCAAAAAACAGGUGGGAGCCCGGGAUCUGAGGUCAGAGAGGGGAGAGAGAGCCUUUAGCAACGAUGGGAGCACUAAAGUCUACACCGGAUCCGAUUGAAUACUCAGAUCUGUCGGAGAAAACUGGCUUUUCACUUAAGCAGAUUAGAGUCCUUCAUAAGAGGUUCAGAGAGCUGAGUGAUGGAGAUGAUGUUUUGAGGAGGGAACAUUUGCGAUGCAUCUCUUCUCUCAAAUACAAUCCCAUUCGUGUAGAGAUCAUAGAGGCUUUCUUUAACCGAAGAAACUUUUCCCCGAGUCAUCAGGGCAGGGCAGACGAGAUUGGCUUUGAAGAAUUUCUGGUGGUCAUGUCUCAUUUCAGGCCCCCGUCUCCGAAAAUAACAGAUGAACAGCGUAAAAAUAUCAGGAGGGAAAAACUUCAAUUUAUAUUCAACAUGCAUGACUCAGACGGCGAUGGAUUGGUAACGCUUGAGGAUUACAGACAUGUGGUGGAGGAGUUGUUAUCUCGCAGCGGAGCACUGGGGAAAGAAACAGCCAGAGCCAUUGCUGAUGCAGCCAUGUUUGAAGUGGCCAGAACAGUUGGUCACAAGGACCCCAAUGAAUUUUAUGAGGGAAUCACCUUCGAGCAUUUCCUGAAGCUGUUGUCUAACUUUGACAUCGAAUCAAGGAUGAACAUUCGGUUUUUAAAGUCGAGUGUGAACCCUUUCUGCCAGUUGUGUUGCUAGCCUGAAGUGUCCAGCUGUUUUAAGUAAGCUUUGAGAAUAGAAAGUUUUAUGCCUUAACUGUGUGAUAUUAAUUUCUUGUUUUGCUCUGUAGCAACAUGCUUGCACUGACGAUACGCCUCCUGCAUGUUGGAACAACUAUGCAAACUGAACGACAAUUUGAAUUUAUUAGAAGACUUAAUUCUAAGCAAUAAGAUUGCACUACUGUAUGGCAAGACAGAGCAAUGAUAUUCAAACAUAGAUGGCUCUAUUUGUUGAUCUAAAUGGGAAUGAAUAUACAAAUUAUUUUCAUAAAUCUCAUGUGAUAUUAUAGUUGUCUUGUUGUAGUUGUCUUAUGAUCACAGAAAAUAUUUAUUUCUUUACUAUAGAAUGUGCUUGCCUUGCAUUGUUUGCACAAAAACACUUUAUUAUUUGCAUUUAUUUUAAAAGAAAUAACAUUUUGGUUCCAGUGAAAACUUUACAAUACACUUCAUGGGCAUGAAUGCUCUUUCAGCUUUCGGCCAUAAAGCAGACUUUUGAAUUGUCUUUUUUAGAUCAGAGUGAAUGUCAUAACCCAACCAAGCCACCGCAAACACGGGGUUAAAGCCUUUAUGGCAUCAUGCCUCGAAUACACAACUCUUAUAGCUGUAUAUGGCUAACAGCUUUUAACAUGGUUUGACUGCUGUUCUUGCCAGAAUGGGCCAUUUUCUGAUUCAUUUAUAGAUUUUCUUUAUUUAAUAAAUUUGCACCAUAACCAGUCAAGUCUGAAAAAGAAUUAAAAGCCAAAAAUUGAUUUAACAUUCAUGCCAAUAAUGAGUGUAGGUUUGUGAAUGGAACUUUAUUCAAAUAAAUAUCCUCUUUUAUUGUUAGCAGUGUUCAAGAAACGGAAUGAUAUUUAAAUAAAAAUGACUAUAUAUGUCAAUGCAGGGGCUUCAACAUGCAACGUUUUAUUUUUGUAAUGCUCCUUGAUCAAAGACAGUAUAGUUUGUCUCAUGGCAAAAUGUUUUUUUGUCAUUUUCUUUCUAUUACAGAAAAUAUUUAUUUCUGGUUGUGAGCAGUAAGUGCCAGUUCCCUGCACUCUGUAGAUGCAAAAUAAAGGACAUUGAAACUGUUUAUUAUUUGCAUUUCUCUCAAAAGAAAAAAUAUGGGCAUAAAAUCCAUAUUAAUGUAGGGCCUUGAACGAUGCAUGAACCCUUUAUUUCUCAGGAUGGAGUUAUUGUGCAACAAAGCCUCAAUGAUUUUCAAAUAAGCAGAAUAAUAACGUGUAUAUAAUCUUUGUGCUACUUCAUCAUAAGAGGAUCAUUCAUAUAUUAAGGUUAGUAUAAGGUUAAAACAUUUCUUUAUGGGGAGAGAACUACACUUGAGCAAAUGCUGCGAAGAUUUAUCAGAAGAAAAAAAAACAUCAUAACCUGAAAUAAAAAUAAGUACCGUAAUGGAAACCAUUUUCCUUGAGCAAUGGUGAGAAAACUGAAGCAACUUAAAACAUUUACUUUUCUCUCAAAGUUCAUGAUACAAUUUUUGACAAACACAACUGACAUUUUCACAUAAGAGUCUUUGAGAAGCUUUCUAAACUGAACAAAAAUAAAUACAAGCAUAAAAAUCAAAACAAAAUGAAACUUAAAAACGGCAAGUCAGCAUUUGAACUUUACACCAAAUGUUGCAGCAAUCGGAAGAUAUGUUGUCAUCUUUCUUCCUUCUACCCACGCUUUUCUGACUGUCAAACGUUAAAAACAAUCAUAAAAUAAUGAAAUCGCUUAAAAAAGUUAGAACUCAUAAACGUUAAUCAUUAUUAAUAUUAUUGUAAUUGCGUAUUGCCUAUUAUUCAGUUUUUAUCUUACUUUGUUACUGAGAAAUACUGCCAUCUAGUGGCAGUAUUUCUCAAAUCGGGAAACAGCAGUUUAGGGCCUCAUUACUAGCAGGGAACAAACAAACGAAAUAAAUAAAAAGUAUAUUUACAAAUGUAUGAGUAAUGUGUAUUUUUCAAAAUAUGUCUAUCAUUUGUUUCAUAUCUGAGUUUUUUAAUAAUAGUUAUUAAAUUAUUAAAUUAAAUGGGUAAUAGACAAAUGUAGAAAUAUGGAUGACAAGAUAAAAAAUAUUGUGUUCUGGUGGCCAUUAGUAGUCAGAAAUAGUUCAGAUUAAAUUAUGUUAAGGGUCCCAAACAGCUUCUGGGCCCACUCUGAUGCUAAAGUGUGUGUGUGACUUAAAUCACCCUGAAUGUGUGCCACAUCUAGAGUCCUGCUACACCUGGACUCUGCAUUUUCUCCUCAUACAUUCAUAUUCAGUAAAUGUGUCACAAUCAGUUGUAAAAUUAAAAGUAUCUUUUGAAAAUGAAUACCUUUCAAUCUGCUAUUAAACAUGAAACUUUUUCUGUCA